CAUGCGAUAUAGCUACAGCUGCUACCAACACGUACAACGCUGAUAUUCGCAUAUGCACAACCGAAUUCGCCACUCAAACUGAUCCAUUUCACUCUCGCUUUUCCCUAAACCCUAGCGUCGCCGGAUCCGAGUUCAAAUCCGCCGCUGAAUUAAUUCUUUAUAUGCCAUCAGUUGUAAUUAUAGCUUAGGUUCAACAGGUUCGAGGACAUUUUUAGCUUUCCUUCAAUAGAACAAUGGUGUUGCCCAUGAUAAGGAAAUUAUGCACCGGUUUUGUUUUCUUGGUUCUCAUAUUGCAAGGUUGCAAUGGUUUCUAUCUACCUGGAAGCUAUAUGCACACAUACUCCACCGGGGAUGAAAUAUAUGCCAAAGUAAAUUCUUUAACCUCCAUCGAAACUGAGCUUCCGUUCAGUUAUUACAGCCUUCCUUAUUGCAAGCCUAAAGGGGGCAUCAAGAAAAGUGCUGAAAAUCUUGGAGAACUGCUAAUGGGAGAUCAAAUUGACAAUUCUCCAUACCGCUUUCGUAUGAAUGUUAAUGAGUCUGUGUACCUGUGCACAACUGCUCCAUUGAGCGACCAAGAAGUAAAGCUUUUCAAACAGAGAACCCGUGAUAUGUAUCAAGUGAACAUGAUUCUUGACAAUUUGCCUGCUAUGAGAUUUACCAACCAAAAUGGGGUGAAAAUUCAGUGGACGGGAUACCCUGUCGGAUACACUCCUCCAAACAGUAAUGAUGAUUAUGUUAUCAAUCAUCUCAGGUUCAGGGUAUUGAUCCACGAGUAUGAAGGAGCUGGUGUGGAAAUUAUUGGUACUGGAGAAGAAGGUAUGGGUGUCAUUUCAGAAGCUGAUAAUAAGAAGGCUUCAGGAUAUGAGAUUGUUGGUUUUGAGGUUGUUCCAUGUAGUGUAAAAUAUGACCCUGACGAGAUGACAAAACUCCACAUCUAUGAUAAUAUUACAUCAGUAAACUGUCCCCAGGAGCUUGACAAGUCUCAGGUUAUAAAAGAGCAAGAAAGAGUAUCAUUCACUUAUGACGUUGAGUUUGUAAAAAGCAACAUCAGGUGGCCAUCUCGUUGGGAUGCUUAUCUGAAGAUGGAAGGUGCUCGGGUUCACUGGUUCUCAAUUCUGAACUCGUUGAUGGUGAUUUUGUUCUUGGCUGGCAUUGUUUUUGUCAUAUUUCUAAGAACAGUGAGAAGGGAUCUGACGAGGUAUGAAGAAUUGGAUAAAGAAGCUCAGGCCCAGAUGAAUGAGGAGCUCGCCGGAUGGAAACUUGUGGUUGGUGAUGUCUUCAGAGAACCAUUCCAUGCAAAAUUACUUUGUGUGAUGAUUGGAGAUGGAGUUCAGAUUACGGGAAUGGCAGUUGUCACUAUUGUUUUUGCGGCUCUGGGUUUCAUGUCACCAGCCUCUCGAGGUAUGCUGUUGACAGGGAUGAUAUUGCUCUAUCUCUUCUUGGGGAUUGCUGCUGGUUAUGUUGGUACACGAAUGUGGAGGAGUAUCAAAGGUUCAUCUCAAGGGUGGGGAUCGGUUUCUUGGUCAAUAGCAUGCUUCUUCCCAGGAAUUGUUUUUGUUAUUUUGACUCUGUUGAAUUUCCUUCUCUGGGGAAGUAGGAGUACAGGGGCCAUUCCAAUUUCCUUAUACUUCAUAUUGUUUUCGCUCUGGUUCUGUAUUUCAGUGCCUCUCACUCUCUUGGGAGGACUCUUAGGCACAAAAGCUCAGCCAAUUCAAUACCCUGUUAGGACUAACCAGAUCCCCAGAGAGAUCCCCGCACGCAAAUAUCCCUCAUGGCUUCUCGUCCUUGGUGCUGGAACUCUUCCAUUUGGAACCCUCUUUAUUGAACUUUUCUUCAUCCUGUCUAGUAUCUGGCUUGGAAGGUUCUAUUAUGUCUUUGGCUUCUUGCUCAUUGUUUUCAUGUUGUUGGUGGUUGUUUGUGUUGAAGUUUCUGUUGUCCUGACUUACAUGCAUCUCUGUUUUGAGGAUUGGAUGUGGUGGUGGAAAGCCUUCUUUGCCUCAGGUUCAGUCGCUGUAUAUGUAUUCUUGUAUUCCAUCAAUUACCUGAUCUUCGAUCUCCAGAGUUUGAGCGGGGCGGUGUCUGCUACACUUUAUCUUGGCUACUCGCUGAUUAUGGCAAUUGCCGUCAUGCUUUCUACUGGAACAAUUGGAUUACUUGCUUCGUUCUACUUUGUUCAUUACCUCUUUUCAUCAGUGAAAAUUGACUGAAGGAGCACCACCGACUACUCUGAGAAUAUUUGGCGUAGAAAUUUUUCAUGCAGCAUAUCAAGAGCAUCUCCAGCUUUGCUAUAAGCACAUUUGCAGGGAUUUCUUGACACUAGAUACCUCUACACCAACUACAUUUCUUUUAGCCGUUUCAAUAUAAUUGUCUUCUGCCAUUUUUUCCCCGCAAUUUCAUUUCGUAGUCUUACACAAAUUAAAGCCGA